AUGAAGUCCCCGCCCUGCCUCAGCCCGUGCCUCUCCUGGAAGAGAAUGGCGGGCGCCUUUUUCCUGCCGUUUGUCUUACCAGCUCUUGCUCCUCGGUUUAAGCAGGAACAGAGCCUCGCGCUUGGCAGAGCGCAUCCGCCCCAGCCCAGGUUUAACUGGUCUCAUCUGACCCCUCUGGAGCUGAAGAAUCGAUCUGUGGGACUGGGAACUGCAAGCACAGGUCGGGGUAAGCCCCACUUCACCCUGGAGGGCCACAAGUUCCUGAUCUUCGGGGGCUCCAUCCACUAUUUCCGGGUCCCCAGGGAGUACUGGAGGGACCGCCUGCUGAAGCUGAAGGCCUGUGGCUUCAAUACUGUCACCACCUAUGUUCCGUGGAACCUGCAUGAGCCAGAAAGAGGCAAAUUUGACUUCUCUGGGAACCUGGACCUGGAGGCCUUCGUCCGGAUGGCUGCGGAGAUCGGGCUGUGGGUGAUUCUGCGUCCAGGCCCCUACAUCUGCAGUGAGAUGGACCUCGGGGGCUUGCCCAGCUGGCUCCUGCGAGACCCCCGGUUACUGUUGAGGACAACCUGCAAGGGCUUCACUGAAGCAGUUGAGAAGUAUUUUGACCACCUGAUUCCCAGAGUGAUUCCUCUCCAGUACCGCCAGGGAGGCCCUGUCAUCGCGGUGCAAGUGGAGAACGAAUAUGGCUCAUUCAAUAAGGAUAAAACCUACAUGCCGUAUCUCCACAAGGCUCUGCUGAGAAGAGGGAUUGUGGAGUUUCUCUUGACCUCCGAUGGUGAGAAAAAUGUGCUGAGCGGCUACACCAAAGGAGUGUUGGCCGCCAUCAAUUUGGAAAAAGUUCACAAGAAUACUUUCAGUCAGCUUCAUAAAGUCCAGAGAGAUAAGCCUCUUCUGGUUAUGGAAUACUGGGUUGGCUGGUUCGACAGAUGGGGAGAUAAGCACCAUGUUAAAGAUGCAAAGGAAGUUGAACGUGCUGUGUCUGAAUUCAUCAAAUAUGAGAUCUCCUUCAAUGUGUAUAUGUUCCAUGGUGGAACCAACUUUGGUUUCAUGAAUGGGGCCACAUAUUUCGGGAAGCACACUGGCAUUGUCACCAGCUAUGCCAGCGGUGCUGAAACGGCCUGCUGCGGAGACUGCAUGGCUGGUGACUGGCCCCGGUGUCUUGCAGACUAUGAUGCUGUGCUCACGGAGGCUGGAGAUUACACAGAAAAAUAUUUCAAGCUUCAAAAACUCUUUGAAUCUGUCUCAGCAACUCCCCUGCCCCAAGUACCCAAACUUACUCCCAAGGCUGUGUAUCCCCCCAUGAGACCGUCGCUGUACCUCCCGCUGUGGGAUGCCCUAUCCUACUUAAAUGAGCCAGUCAGGUCCCAUCAGCCCGUCAACAUGGAGAACCUUCCCAUAAACAAUGGGAGUGGCCAGUCCUACGGCCUUGUCCUGUAUGAGAAGUCCAUCUGCUCCGGAGGCCGCCUCUGUGCCCACGCUCAUGACAUGGCACAGGUGUUUCUGGAUGAGACAAUGAUAGGGAUUCUGAAUGAGAAUAAUAAGGACCUGCACAUUCCUGAACUCAGGCAGGACUGCCGAUACCUGAGGAUCCUGGUGGAGAAUCAAGGACGAGUCAAUUUUUCAUGGCAAAUACAGAAUGAGCAGAAAGGAAUAACUGGAUCUGUCAGCAUCAAUAACUCUUCCCUGGAGGGCUUUACCAUCUAUUCCCUGGAGAUGGAAAUGAGCUUCUUUGAGAGGCUCCGCUCUGCCACCUGGAAGCCUGUCCCAGAUAGCCACCAGGGCCCGGCCUUCUACCGUGGGACCUUGAAGGCUGGCCCUUCUCCCAAGGACACCUUCCUGAGCCUGCUGAACUGGAAUUACGGAUUCGUGUUCAUCAAUGGACGUAACCUUGGGCGAUAUUGGAAUAUUGGGCCUCAGAAAACACUGUACCUUCCUGGAGUUUGGCUUCAUCCAGAAGACAAUGAGGUCAUCUUGUUUGAAAAGAUGCUGAGUGGCUCAGACAUCAAAUCUACAGACAAGCCCAUGCUGUAAAACCGUGUCUGAACAUAUUUUUUGGGUUGCUGGUGUUCAUCUGUAAGUCAUUUUUGAGGAAUAAGAUUUAUGUUAAGACUAUCAAACACAGUGUUGCUUACAAUAGCAAAAAUGUGAAAAUAACAACAGCAACAAAAACCAGCAGAAGAAUUGUUACGUAUUUUGGAGUCUAUCUAUAUGAUGCCUACUUUUAGGCUUUAAAAAGUCUUCAAAAUCUUUAACGACUGAUUUAUCUAGUUAAAUGCUUAAUCCUUAGCAGGCUCUUAUUCUUUAAUUAAACAUACCUUACGUAGAUGUGAAUAAAUAAAAACAAGUUUCACUUCUGCCUUCCAUACUCAAUUGAAGGGAAGGGAAAGGUCUGUAGCCUGGGGAAGAGUAAGGGUACUGAUUUCCUCAUGCCAGAGACAGUAUUGCAUGUACUAAUGGGCAAACUCAUGGUCUCCCUCCUCCCUCUCUCUCUCUGUCUCUGUGUGUGUGUGUGCACGUGUGUGUGUGUGCACGUGUGUGUGUGCAUUGUGUGUGUGUGUGCACGUGUGUGUGUGUGCACGUGUGUGUGUGUAUGGAGUAGGGGAAAGCAGAGGGCAAUGAACAAUGUCUUUCAUUUCCCUUCAACUAUGUGUCUACAAGGUGACCCUGUGUGUCACAUCUAAUCAGAGAAGGAACAGCAGUUUGGUCAUUUGCUUCAGACGUGUGGCAACAAAGCUUAGCACGGGGUUCUCUGUGUCUCCUGACUCCCUGUCUUUCUGGCUAUAGUCAAUGCCUGAGAGUGGGUAGGUAUUAGUGAGAUUAGCCACACACUCGUGAAUAUUCCAACCACUCUGAAAAGCCAGUGGUGCCAUUUGAAAAAACUGGCACCAUUGGGAACCACACACUUUCUUAUAAACAAAACAUACCACUUGGCCUAAAUUCAAACCAAUGCAUUAUAAACAAAUCUUAUCACCCUGUUAAAUAUAGUACCUAGGGCUUUCAAGUAAUUAGUCAGUAAUCUUGUGUCCAGAGGGAAGAGAACUCUCUGUUUGGAUUGGAAUGAAGACAGAGAUGUGAUGUCAGAUUAUCUUCUCUCCCACUAGUCUGAAUGACUAUUUCAAUGGAGGAAACUUCUGUCAGAUACCUCCACAAUUCUACGUAAAACUUUAUUCUCUGGGGAUCUAGCCUCAAACCUGUGAACUCUGUAGAAAAUGUAGGGCAAAGGAGGAAAGCAGAACUAAUAAUCAUAAUGAUCAUGAGUACAUAUUGUAUUUCAGUUGUCACAUCUACAACAUCUAAACUUAACAACAACCAUGCAACAUACCCGUCUUACAGAUGGGAAACCAAGGUUCAAAGAGGUAUUUGAAAUCAUGUCGCUCUGAUUGGCACCUCCUCUUUUGCUACUACCUUAGUUCCACAUGUAUGCCAGUCUUUUCCAAGUAUGAAUGCAAAAAUGCUAUCCAGAAGAUAUAAUGCUUUCAGUGCACUUAGAGAAAAAAAGCUCACAACUUAGAAUUCUUGACCCAGCAAAACUAUUUUUCAAGAAAAACAAAUAAAAUAUAGAACUUUCUGACAAAGAAAAAUCAAGAGAGUAUCAAAAGAUCCCCACUAAAUGGUGUUCUGUAGCAGCCUUUCUCAAAGUCCCAUAGGAGAAUUAAACACUGCGGAAAGUGUCUCCAGUGAUUAGUGUCUCAUUGUAUCAUCUGGAUGCAUAUUAGAGACGUUAACUCAUUACAUAUUGUGAAUGCCUUGGGGCAUUACAUCUUCACACUCUCAGGGAACCCCAGCUGAGAAGAAAUUUCUGAAAGAUACGCCACAAGCAGAUGGAAAGUCUGACUUUUAAGAAAGAAUGUGGAGUCCAAGAAGGAUGCUGACAUACGUGAGAGUGAAUAUGAACAAACGUUAACUCCAUACAAAUAGCACCAAUAUCUCACUUGAGGUAGCAUCAGCAUAAAACUCUUAAGACCAGGCAAAAACAUGGUGUAAAGUGAGAGGCAUAUGAUGGCAAAAAAGUGAUCUAAGGGCCGGGCGUGGUGGCUCAAGCCUGUAAUCCCAGCACUUUGGGAGGCUGAGACGGGCGGAUCACGAGAUCAGGAGAUCAAGACCAU